GUAAGCCUUUAUAAAAAAAAAAAUGCUUCUUCGUGUUUUAGAAAUUGUAUUUUUCUUUUAUUUUGCGUCACAUAUUCCUAUUACUCUCUUCAUUGAUCUUCAAGCACUACUACCAGAACAAGUGUAUCCUCAAUCAUUUAAAGACGUGCUGCACUGGUAUGCAGCGGAAUUCAGAGAUCCCAUGGUGCUGGAUCCACCUGUGUGGUUUAAAUCUUUCAUAUUUUGUGAAGCACUUGUUCAGCUGCCUUUCUUUCCCAUUGCAGCAUACGCCUUUUUAAAAGGCAGCUGCAAAUGGAUCAGGACUCCAGCAAUCAUAUACUCCGUGCACGUGGCCACCACUUUACUUCCCAUCCUUGGCCACAUCUUACUCCAUAACUUCCCAGUGGCACCUCUUCCAGGUCCGCAAACAUCCAAGGAGCGAUGGACACUGGUGUCUGUUUAUGCUCCAUACCUCCUCAUUCCCAUCAUACUGCUCCUCACCAUGCUCUUCAGCUCCACAUAUAAUUCUGCCUCUCCAAGUGUCAAGGCUUCGUCCAAGACCAAGAAGCUGAAAUAAAAUCCUUGGAUUUCAUUACAUUCCUCUUGUUUUUCUGAUUUUGUCAAAAACAAGGAUUGUUUCUUAAUUGUGCCUUAUGUGGAACAUUACAAUGUUCUGAAUAUUACUUGUUUUGAAGAUUAAAUAAUAUUUGGACAGAAUGAUA